AUGGUUAAAGAUUUUCCUAUGUUAAAUGUUCAAUGGAGAGAGGGCAAGCAAUUCCCUCCAAGUGGCUCAAAUCACGAUGCUCCCAAGAAGAAUCGCUUCUACGCCCUCCAAUCCCAAAGUGAUCAACAGGGAUCUCCAGACAUUGUUACCGGUGUGAUGAGGUUUGGCAAAAAGGGGAAACAUAGUCCCUGGUAUGUGGGGCCGUACCAAAUCUUGAAACGUGUUGGAAAGGUGGCAUAUGAGUUACAUUUGCCAAGUGAGUUGGCUCUGGUUCACCCGGUGUUUCAUGUCUCCAUGCUUAAGAGGUGCAUUGGUGAUCCGGUGUCCAUCCUCCCUUUAGAGGCUUUAGGAGUUGAUGAGAAUCUUUCUUAUGAAGAGGUCCCGGAUGAGAUUUUGGAUCGGUAA